UUGCGUGAUUUUUAUUGAGGUCUUGACAUUUUUGCUUGUGUGUUCAAUUUUCAAAAGGUUUCUGUAGUACGCAUGGUUUUUAUGUUAUUUUGUAGUGGAGCUGCAGCUCUUUAAAUUUAAAUAGACAAAGCUGUAUUUUGUGGGAUCUAUCCUGUUACAUUCUGAGCAUGUGCUACAAGUUCUAAUAAAUCAACAGAAGACUUCAUUUCAACACUCCUUGAUGCAAAUUGUAUUAAUACUUUAAAGAGUUAUAUAUAAUGCAGCUCCAAAAAGAGCAGGAAUUGCCUAUUGACAUCCACACCAACAAACUGCUUGAUUGGCUCAUAAGCAGGCGUGUCUGUAAACAGGAAUGGCAGGAAAACAUUCUUACAGUUCGAGAAAAGAUCAAUAAUGCAAUCCAGGAUAUGCCAGCCGUAGAAGAAAUCACCCAACUUCUAGCUGGAACUUACAUAAAUUACUUUCAUUGUCUACAAAUUAUUGAACUACUUAAAGAAACAGAAUCUGACUCUAAGAACAUUUUUGGUCGAUAUUCUUCACAACGAAUGAAAGAUUGGCAGGAAGUAGUAAAACUAUAUGAAAAGGAUAAUGUCUUCCUAGCUGAAGCAGCUCAAUUACUGAUCAGAAAUGUUAACUAUGAAGUUCCAUCACUGAAGAAACAAAUUGCUAAAUGUCAACAAACACAGGAGGAAUGUAAUCGCAAAGAAGAGGAAUAUGCAAAGAAUGCUAUACAACUGAAGGAAAAAUUCUAUGAAACGUGCAAACAACUCGGAAUAGAGGGAGUGAAUAUUCGAAAAGAAUUAGUGUCACUCCUGAAUGACUUGCCCGACAUUUUCUCUAGAGUAACUGAAAGAAUGAUGGACUUGAAUUCUGCCAGAGAAUACUACGUUGAGUUUCUAAACUUUACACUGAAAAGGGAUGAUAUAAAGCAAAUUUGUGUGCCACUGAUCGGUCAUUUAAUUGAGAAAGGAAAUACUACAACUUAUGAAUGGAGGACAGGAACAGUCCCAGAAGUAGUGGAAGGGUCGCAACCAAAAGUUCCCCUUGACAUGGACAAUGGUCAGUCUUCUUGUGUACCCGAUGAUCAGAUUGACUUUGGUUCAGAUGGCAUAGAUUUUGGUGAUGACCAGAGUUCCAGUACCCUGAAUGGGGACUUUGUUCACGUGGAUAAAAUUGAUUUUGACGAUGGAGAGCAAGCCAUUUCUCUAGAUGAUGGAGGAGAAAUCAAUUGGGAUAUCAGUGUGGAGACCUCUGGGAUUUCAGAUUUAGCAGAAGUCUCGGAAAGUGUCACAGAUAAAGGAGGUGGAGAUAGUGUGCGAGUUGCUCGUGGCAGUGAUGCUCUCACUUUGUUAGAUAAUCCUGAAACUCGAAGUCUUUUUCUCAAUGAACUGAUGGAGCUCAAAGGAUUUCUGUCGCAAAGAAUUGUAGAGAUGAAGACGGAAGGAGAUGUAUUAUUGUCCAGUCAAUUUCAAGAGGCACCUGCUACUGUUCAGCUGCAAACAGCUGAUGAAGUCCAGAAAAUGUUAGACAUGGUCACAGAUAUUCUGACCCAAAUGACUAACGUGAGAAUGAAACAUCUGUGUCUUAUCAGCGACUCCCCUAAGUAUGUUGACCGCUUAACAGAAUCCCUUAGACAGAAGCUGGAGCAGUCUGAGAAGAUGGAGUUGUCAAAGCAGGCAGUAAUGGAAAGGAGGAAAACAAUACUAGAAGACCAGAGACAGUUAGAGCCAAAACUUGAUCUUAUCAUCAAGAAGACAAAAAUUCUUCAAAAACAGAUUGAAGAUACUAUAUCUAAACAGUACAAAAAUCGUCCAGUAAACAUCAUGGGAGGAAUCAGUGUUAUGUAGGAUAUUAAAAGACAUGGACCUGUGUGUCAAUACUUUGUAUAAUGAAGAUGAAUGUUUUGACCUGCAACUCUACCACUAAUUACCAAGACACUUCGGACAUGGACUGUUUCUUCCAUCAUCAAUGGGACUUCAAUAAUCCUGAAAAAUACUUUCAUUCUUUGAAUAUCUUGGAACUUUAUUAUUUAACUCGUAUCUUGUUCAAUUUUGUAGAUUUUUGUUAUCCAACAGAUCAGGUUUGAGGAAUUCUAUUUUUUUUUAUUCAUGGUUUCAAUCUGUUCAGCUAUAUAAUUUUUUAUUUUUUUUAUGAAUUACUAAAUCAAUCAUCAGACUUCCAGGCUUUAUAACUUACAGAAUCUGAAUUUCUAGAUAAAAUGGUUUAAUGUUUUUUUUUAAUUUAUGUAUUUUAAUUGGGUCUAACUGUAUAUCAGGCCUCGACAAAUAUUUUCACAUCUACGAGCCAGCCCAAAAACAUAGGAACCAUGUCCGAUAGAGAAAGGUUAUGGAAUAUAUUUUGAGCCGGUUGUGAGGUUAUGGUACGAGACAUACAGUUUUACAAUAAAAAUCAAAGGGUUCAUUAUUAAACUUUAUUAUAUGACACAUAUUAAUAUUAAACUUCAAUAUGUGCAAUUAUUAAAAUAGUAGACUGAAUAACUAUAACUUAGGUGGAUUCUUGCAACAAAUGAAAGUAAAAUAAAAAUAAUCACUGCAUUAUUGAUAGGCCAAGCUGGUUGUUUCAGAAUAGGUCUAAUCUACUCAUCACUACAACACUGUACAAUGAUAAGCAAAGGCCUUUUGGUGUGCCUAACUUUGUUACUGUUUCUACCAGGAAAUGGGGCUAUAUUUAUUUACUUUCACGGCAAUGAAUGCGUACUAAUGAUCACAUGAUAACCACUUGAUAGUAUUGCCUAAACUAACUGCCUUUGGACCCCUCUGAGUGUAAACACGCACACUGAUUGGUUGAAUUGAGAGAAAGAAGAAAAAUAAAAUGGUGCAAAAUUAGUAAUGUGUUGUGCAACUACAGUGCUUCCUUCUUGAAAAAACAUGAAGAAGUGCUGAAUCCGCAUUAAAAUCCUAGAAACAAAGUUUGAUUUGGGACUCAAAGAAUGUAAAAAUAGUUCCAGACUUCCAAGAGUCCAGAACUGUUCUACAUUCAAGUUCUAUUUAGCACAUCCCUACACACAAAUACAAUGGGAGAAAAUGCUAGGUGCCAUGAUGAAAUUUUUAGUUGCCAUGGCAACCUGGUGACCGGGUUUGUGGAGACCUGCUUAAUAUAUAUGUAUACAAAAAAACAGCAAAACAAGUCUUUGAUUUGACAGAUUAUAUAUGUAUAUUUCUGAAGUACAUUUUCAUUACUUUUUGAUGGAACCACGUCGUAAUAACUACUCUAAAGCCUCAAAAUUAGACAAUAGGUUUCUUUAUUAUUUAUAUUUUUUUAGAAAAUAAAGAUAUAUGUUGCUGUGUAGAAUUUAGCCUAUGAAACUGAUUACAUCAAAAGGUUAUUAAAAUGCUCUUUUACUUAUGAGACUUAACAAAAAAAUAAUCUCUCUAACCAAAGAUUGAACUAUCUGUUCGAUUAUAUUUUCAUAUACGGAAGUAGAGCAGGCAAUGAACUCAAUUAAGUGAUUACUUACGAGCAUCGAUUACGUCGAUAAGUGUCACUUAAAAUAACUGAUUGAUCAAAAUUAGGAUUAAAGAGAUUAAUGUCGUGUAAGAAUAAUGAUGGAUUAGUUGAAUAUAAUAAUUAUUGAGUCUGAAGACUAAUCAAUCAUCAAAAUCCACUACUGACUAAGCUCUAUUUGGAAAUCAAAUUUUGUUGUUUUGUCUACCUGUUAUUUCUCUAUAUAUCUGUAUGUAUGUAAGUGUGUGUGUGUGUAUAGGAGAAAACUCAAAUCCUUUCU